AUGCUGAGCAAAUCUUGCAGACUCGCUUCGAUUCUUAACCUUGCAUUGCUGGCCUCUGCUGCCCAGCCACAUUCCCAUCACGUGGAGGUCACAUCUCAGGGGCUCUUACGUGCGGACGAGAAGCUGCAACCAAAGCCUCGGCUCGCCACAUGCGCCGGCCGCAAAUUGGACUGUGCUGGAGCCGAUGAUCCAUGUGCUCAAGCCACAGAUUGCAAUGCACAUCAUGCAUGUACUGGUUCUGGGCAUCGAAACUGCAUGAAAAACACAGAGCUGUCAGGACCCGUGUGCGCGACCAACAUGGAUGGCUGCGUACCUGCAUGCAAGGGCAAGGUAUCUUCCAGUGCUGCUGAUUGUCGCAGCUUGCCAGAAGGCACGAAGUGCAGCAGCAGCUACGUUGUAAUUGAGAAUGUUGCUACUCAAUGCUUUGCCACCCUUGGCCAUAACGACGAGGAAAUUGAGUGUGAGAAUGGGUCCCCUUGCGGAGAUGAGGAACGAGAGAAUCCAUACACAGGCACAGAUGGGCGGCAUCGCAGUUGGAUGCAUCGCAGCAAGAAUUUUGAUGACUACGAACAUAUAUAUAUAUACAACUCACUAAGGGGUGCAACCCCAAACCCAACUUUCUGGUCUAUUCAUGAAGUUGCAUUGUCCAACCUCGCGUGA